CCAGCGAGCCAAGGAGCGGGAGAGGGAGCGAGCCGGCGAGCGCGAGCGGCCGUGGAGCCUCGGACCGGGCUGGCCGCGCGGCGCCGCAGCCGCCCCCUCCCCCACGCACCCCCCCGCCCCCGGCGGCGGCGCGAGCGGGCGGCGGCAGUGCGGUGCGGUGCAGAGCGGAGGCUGAGGCGGCGCGCGGGCAGCUCGCGGCACCCGGCCGGGCGGGCGCGGGGGCGGGAAAGGGUGCGCUAUGCCUUUAACGCCCGCGUACAGUAGGCAUGUAUAGUGGAGUGUAGGGAAACUCUAGGCGGGGUUAAAGUUCAGCCCAUGGAGCGGCAAUAGCGCUGGCUGGCUGCAGUUGAGCCGACUUGGAAAUGUGAACGCAAGAAGCAGGCUUGAUUUUUUUUUCUCCCCCCUUUUCUCUCUUUCCUCCUUUCUCCCUUUUUCUCCCUUCUCACCCGCACUCACGCACACCUCCAAACCGCACACCCAGACGCACACGCACACCCCAGCGCCCGGCAGUUAUGUAUUCUCCGCUCUGUCUCACCCAGGAUGAAUUUCAUCCUUUCAUUGAAGCACUUCUGCCCCACGUCCGAGCCUUCGCCUACACAUGGUUCAACCUGCAGGCCCGAAAACGAAAAUACUUCAAAAAACAUGAAAAGCGUAUGUCAAAAGAAGAAGAGAGAGCCGUGAAGGAUGAGUUGCUAAGUGAAAAACCAGAGGUCAAGCAAAAGUGGGCAUCUCGACUUCUGGCCAAGUUACGGAAAGAUAUCCGACCUGAGUACCGAGAGGAUUUUGUGCUCACAGUUACAGGGAAAAAGCCUCCGUGUUGUGUUCUUUCCAACCCAGACCAGAAAGGCAAGAUGCGAAGAAUUGACUGCCUCCGCCAGGCAGAUAAAGUCUGGAGGUUGGACCUGGUUAUGGUGAUUUUAUUUAAAGGUAUUCCGCUCGAAAGUACUGAUGGCGAGCGCCUGGUAAAGUCCCCACAGUGCUCUAAUCCAGGGCUCUGUGUCCAGCCCCAUCACAUAGGGGUUUCUGUUAAGGAACUCGAUUUAUAUUUGGCAUACUUUGUGCAUGCAGCAGUCUGUCCUCUAGGCACAGAACCCAGUGUUUCACGGACGGAGGCGACAGACCACCCAAGGCCACUCGUGUUAUACUGAGGGUGGCGGACGAUGGUGCUUACGGAGGAGUCAUCUCAACAAUGGGACUGUUCCAUCAUUCUCUCUGCCAUCAGCCCUCCGCACUCAGAACAUGGAAACCUUUGCAUCUGUUGCCACAGAAUACUAAACUAAUAGGUGUUUCUCAGCAAGCCCCAUCCUGGCCCCAUAACGCUGAGAUGAUAAUUGAAGAUCUUUAAAAAUGUAUGUGUCUUCCAUUUUUAUUCUAUAUGGCCCCUUAGGUAACAUGACCCAAUGUGACCAUUCAAUGACCCUGCUUACACUUGGAUUACUCGGUACAAAGCAAAUUUAUGGUUGUUUAUUCUCUCCUCCUAUCAGCUAUUAGUGCCUAAUCAUAUGGUCUAUCGAUCAUGAGAUUAAUCGCCUGCUCAAAGAGGCAGCAGGUCUUGUGGAAUGCUGCACUGUGCCAGACUGAACUUCAACCUUUUAUACAAACUGGAGGAGUCAAAGUCAUCAUUCACUGCCUGAAAGCCCCUCAUCCCUAAGGCCUCCUGAACCCCAGGAGGUAAAUCCCUGCUUUUUCAAACGGUGUGCUUUGCACUUCCUUUCCUUGUGUAAAAGUCAUUGAUUCAGGCAGGCACUUGCAAAUGAAAUCCUUUGCAAGGCAUCCUAUAAAUAAUGAUCUAAACUGAAAAUACAAGGGCUUUAUUAUAUACAAAGCCCCGUAGUGCUGCCAUCAUUAAAGGUCUGUCAGGAUUUCUAUUACAGAUUCUCAUUUUAGAAGAUUUAUAACUGGACCAUUAAAGUUUUUCUCUGGGCUAAGACUUUCUACGAGUGUCAUGGUCUGAGACCCCUCCCCCCCUUUGAACGGAAUGUGUUUCUUUAAGGAAAGAAAUAAUAAAAAUCUAGAAACAUUAUCACAUAGUAGUACAUGUCUAUAAAUACUGGGCACUUUAAAGUUUGAGUGCUGCGUCCCCUGAAGUGACUUCUGUCCUCCUCUGUGUUCUCAUUGAAGUUAGGAGAACAGAGAGAAUCAUUGUGGCGUCUCCUGCUGUACUGCUGUAAUGUUUGUUUCCUGGUCUGUAGGCCCCACUCGAAGGAGAGUGAGGGAAGGGUUCUUAAGUCGUUUGUCUUGGUAGCUUUACCAGAGAGCCUCAGCCAGUGCAAGUACUGGGUUUGUUCGGUACAUGCACCACAGGAUGGGCAUCGGGAGACUCCUUUUCCAGUCCCGAGGUAGUUGUUUAAGGUGGGGGUGGCAGAUUCAGGCAGUGAACUUAGACAAGUCACUUUACUGCUCUGAAAACAAGUUUCCUGAUCAAGGAAUCGAGUGGGCUGGCUGGUCAGUCUUGCUCUUUGAGCAGAAGGCUGCCAGCACAGUGUUUGCAAACAUCGGAAUCCGAACACCUUCGAAUAGAAUCUGGGCUGUCAAAUUUGCCGUAAUCCCCUCCGUGUCCUCUGACGUUGCCUUGCAUCAGUGGCCUGCUUCAAGCAUUUGCCUGCAUGGCCUGCAGUUAGUACUCCUUGGUGUUAUAAAGGGAUCCUUGGCUUUGGUGUUAUAGUUAGGGUCUGAGAUGCAGGUUAGCUGGGGUUGCUCUGGAGUGUCAUUUUCAUUCUCUAACUUCCCAUGUUUUUAUUAUGAAGAACAUCCACUAUCAUUUUUGUUUGUGUUAUGUUUUGAAAACUUUUUUCUUCUGGGCAAACUGUAUUGGUUAAUAAGUAAUGUAUAUUUUCUCAUUUUUAAAGCAAACAGACGUCUAUAACUGAGCAUGCAGAUAGAAAUGAGCCAACAGAGGUUGAGUAUGACAUAGUUUUUGUGUAGUGAGUUGGUCGAGGUUUUAGCAAGCCUGUGCAGUUGUCCCAUGGGUAAGUGUAUAGUUUCUAUUUGAGGUUUUAAUAUUCUAAAAAUAGCUCCUAGAUCUUUCUGCUUUUUUAGACAUGUGAAGUUCCAAGGACUGUGCGUGAGCAUUUAGUUUAUUCUUUUAAGAGUUGCUGUCCUCAGAGCUUCAAGUAAGUUUGUCUACAUAGGAGGUCCAUGUCUUUUCAAUUGUCUCCUUACUGGUCAGCUUAGGGAAGGAUGUCUCUGUAAAACCUGGUAUUUACCUUAGAUGGGAGGAAAAGAGCUGCCUAAUACAAGUUUACCCCAUAUAGCCCUUGCUACAUUUUCUCCCUUUAGUCAAGAACGUUUUGGAAGUUUUGCUAAAAAGAGUGGAGACAAUUUAAUACUCGACUUCUCCCAAGCUAAGGAGAAUCCUUUCUUUCAUCUCAACUCGGGCCGUUGAUGAAUAUUCUAUAUAGAUUGAGAAUUUAAAAGCACACAUUUAAAUGGAGGAAAUUAAAGCUCGAUAGCAUAGAAGUAAUUCUGCAUAUAAGCCAAUCUUAAAGCCUGACCUCCGGUGUUUCAAGUAGCGAGCGUCAAGGGAAGAUAAAGGGCUUUGAAGACAGCAACUGGGCUCAGCCAGCGUACAGCAUGGAUACAAUUUAACAAGGAGAAGAAGCAGUGUUUACACUGUGGCUAAGAGUUGCCCCCUCCCCUCCCCGGUUCUGCUAAUUUGGGUUUCAUUCUGUCUUGUUUCCUUAAUCAAUUCAUAUCUUGGAGAGGUUACUUAAAUCUCCAUAAGCCUCAGUUUCCUCAUUUAUAAAACGGGGGUAAUAAUAGCUUGUCGUGAGGAGUAAACACAAAGGAUUUAUCAUGUUGGUCACAGAAUAAACGAUAUUAGUUGUCAGUAUUGGCUAAGACAUAGUUGAAAUAUAUUUAUGACCUUUGAGUCUUUCUUUUUAAGAGUUUAAAACUCUGCUUUCUUCAGAGUGUCCAUACACACUGGGUCACCUACCUGCAUUUCCAGGAAAUUGUGAGUUUCAUCAGUCCAAACGCGCAGCUUUCAGUUUUUCAGGAAACAAAUGCUGUUUAAUUUUUAAAAAUCUAAAGUUGAAAUCUUCUAUGUUUUCUUUUCCCUCCAGAUCAAUCCAAAUUAAAGUUUCAUUGCAAAAGUUUCACGGACGCUUAUUAGCAUUAACUAUUAUGUGUGUGCUGGUGAUAGGCCUAGAGUGCAUUAAGGAUUAAAACCUUUGAGAAAACUUUAAACCCUUUUGGUCUCAUCGAGCCGAAGGGGACCUAGGAGAUCCUCUCCUCUAAGUCCCAUUUCGAAGAUACAGAAAGUGUGUAUUACAAGUUCAAAUACGUUUUGAACGGGGACCGUCUUACAUAGUGGCUUUUUACUUUGCGUCCUCACGGGAACCUGCGCUCAUUUGCCAUUCUGUGACUCUGUUCUUGUUGUGGGGCCGGUGUGUGUGUUUUAGAGAACCGCUGAGAGAGAGCGCUGGGCAUUAGUUUUGUGGCAAAGUCACGAGGGCAACAAUCAUUAUUAAUGGAUCCCAUUAUUUGGGAGAGCAUUUUACUGACUAUAGAGAAUUCACUGUCUUGAUUUAUUGUGCCCCAUUUGUGUUAUACCAGGUAGUUUAAAAUGAUAUUCUCUAAACUGUUGGGCUGAAAAAUUGUCUGAUCUUGGCAGUUAUCCCAUCAGUAAGGCCUUCCUUUUACUACCGAAAAUACAUAGUUUUGUUGAAAGAACCCUUUUGACUGGUCCCCAGUGCCCUGAAUGUGCUUAAAUCCCUCACUACUGAAAUAGGAGGAUUACUCCUGCUAUCAUUGUUCUAAAACAAACUUCCUUUUGGACGAUAACAGCAGCGGUAAAUCAGCUGUUGAAGAAAGUACCGGCUUAACUUCAGUUUGCGUUAAAAGGGCUUCCUCUUUAAUUGACAAGUGUCACGUAUAAUGGAGCGCGGCAACUCCCAGAGAAAACCGUGCGCCGGACGUCCCGCUGGGGUUGGCGUUCCUAAUGAACGUACCAGUGAAUACACGGCGGCAAAAAAUGAAAGCGCCCCAAGCGGGGUGCAUUCAUUCUGCUCACUCGGGCCAGUGUGGUGAUCGGCCCCAGCCGCACUGAUAACCAGAGAGACCUGGAUUGGUCUUGUGGCCGUUCUGCAGCUCUGAGCUAAGGUGGCUGUGGUCUUUUCUGUGGCGUUGUGGGGGACAGCACAGAUUCGAGUAUCGGAUCCAAGGAAUAAACAAACCAAUUAAAAAUUUUUUUUAUUGUGACCUAUAAAGACAAUAAGCUAUUUUCAGCACAUGCGAUCUCUUUGCAGAGUGGUGGUUUCCUCACUCUGGACCACUUGCUAACGUUCGUAAGUUUCCUUCCUUUAUGGUUCCCCUUUUCCUUCCCUUUGCUUUCCAAAAGAGAACAGACAGAUUUUUUAGAGGUGAUGUUUACAACAGUUGAACACACUCAAAUAAGCACUUAGAAUAACAUCAAUAGAGGAAGGGGAGAAAGGGGUGUAUUAUUAUCAAAUUAAGUAAUGGAUGGGCAGCGAGAUUUUAUUUAUUAAAGCGCGCCUGAGUACCAUUGGAAAGAGUACGUUGGUUCUGAAGUGUGCAGAUUAGAAAGGAAUGUUGAGUUUGGGAACGUGGCAGCCUGCAGCACUGUAUAUGGUUUAAAUUAAACCUUUUUUUGGAAAGCAGAAUAGCUCUAGGCCACAUUUAAGGGAAAAGCUGCAGCAGAGUGAGCUGGCUGUGGUUUUUCUUUUACUCUGUAACCGGCCCACUUUCCCUUGUUUUAACACAGAAAAGAGACUUUGGACUCCUUCAGACCAACCACAGAGCUUCUCUGCUGACCACAAAAAGGAAGCUUGGCGUAGAAGCCAUAGGAUUAAUACCCACUGUCUCUUAACCCAACAGAGUGUGAAAACUUUUAUAAGAGAUUUCUCUGGGCAGACUGACACUGUGGUUGGACUUUAAACAUUUUAAAUCAAGAACAACUUUGAAUUGCAUUAUGCCACAGAGCUCUGUAAACUGUUAUGUGCGAUCCCACUGUUAAAAGUUAUUUACACGAAUCCCCAGGUUUCAGAAGGGGAAACCACUAACAGCUUUGUGUAUCUUGAUAAAGAAACACAAGGAGAAUUAAAGGUAUGCCCUGCCAAAUUAUCUCACAUAGAGUAGGUAGAUCAGAGUCAAUCAGAUUUUAUUGUUCUUAAGCAAAUGGAGACAAUUGGCUCUUGGCAGAAAAGCCUUCUCAUCUUUGAAAAUAAUAAGAUUAAGAUUAUGGAUUCUAUUAAUCACUUGAUCAGCUUUAUUAAUUCAACACAUUAUUUUUAAACUGGAAAGAAACCUUCCUUUUCAUAGAGGUGUAUCUUUCUAAAGUAAUUUUUGUGUUGCAGAGGUGUUAUUUAAUUUUCUGACCUACUAAAAUGUUACAAAUGGUUGUUUUGGUGACCUGAGCAUUAAUUUUAAUGAUCGGAAUGUUACUAGCUGAUUAAUCAUGUGUUUGCACAAAGCAAUCCUGAAAUUAGCAAAAAAACAAAAACAAAAACAAAAACAAACGAACAAAACCCUUCUGUGUUAGUAUUUAUAUUUAUCCAUUUAAAUAUACCUGGGAUUGAUAUAUGUUAAAUCAUUCAGAUUGACAUUUUGCCCUGCCAAAUAAAGCAGCUUUUCAUAGGUGCACUGGAUCAGCAUUCUGCUUUCUGUUCAACAAAGAAUCUCAACUGAAAGAGUUGAUUUGAAAAGUUGAAGGGAAAAACCUGCAUACAUGUUUCAAAAGUGUGGUCUUACAGUAACCACUGAGUUAACUCUUGGGUGACUGUGUGUUUUGAGAGGGGUUCAUUUGCUGUCAUUAGAGAAGUUGGUCUGUGUGACACUUCCUGUGUGUGAAGAAACGCAGUUGUCCUCUUGCCUAGACCAUUAAAACAGUAUUUAAAUCCUUCCACUUGUGAGGAGCCUUGCAUUUACUGUGGUUAUUUUCCCAGGUGUCUUAGGAGCAGCUGUUUUGUGCUUUCUUGAACCUAGUAGUUGAAGAAUGUGGGAAAGAAAUGGUGUGCUUUCUGGGUAAAGUAUUUUAGCCACCUCGGAGUACUUGCAUUGCAUCUUGAUCUUUUUCCAUCUUGGUGGAAUUAUACUGUAACUAAUUGAAUCCAUUGAUCACUGUCUUGUUUUUUUUCCAUCUUCUUCUCAGAGGAUUCAUUUCAUAGGGGUCUAUACAUCAGUCAAGAAAAUGACUACAGAGGAAUUACCAAGACUCGUAAUAAAGGUAAUUUAACCUAGUUUAAUAUUGUUUUAAGGGCAAAACUCUCCAAGAGUCCUUUCCUGGUGAGAGUUAACUUCUUACUUAGGCUACGUUGGAAAACUAAUCAGAAUACACUAACCAGUACUUUCAGAGUGGGAGAGAUAAGAGGAGAGAAAAAGCAUCGAUCUUAGAAUUAGAUGACCUGGUUUCUAGGUCUAUCUAUACCAAUGCUUUUCAAACUUUAAUAUAUAUAUGAUUGACAGGCGAUAUUGUUAAACUUCAGAUUUGGAAGCAGUGGGUCUGUGGUGUGUCUGAGAUGUUGCAUUUUUAACAAACUUCCGGGGAUGUCCGUGCUGAAGGACUUCAGACCACGCCCCGUGUGGCAAUGAUCCAUUUUCCUACUUAACUAACUUUGUGGCUUUGGAUAUACUCUUUAACAACUCUGCAUCUCAGUUUCCUAAUCUCUAAAGUAGGGAUGUUAAGCUGUGCUCUGCCUACCUCACCAGAGGUAAUGUACUGUCAAAUGAGAUAAUGUAGAUGAAAUUUUUAAAGGUUACAUAAGUAUAAGGAUCUUCACUUAUAGACAGUCUUUGAAUACCUUUCAUCGAAUUGGAGGGAGGUGCUCUGUGAUGGGAAGCUCCCUGAACUAUGAGACAGGAGAGAGGGACUGGAAUUUUUACUUCCCUCACCCACUCUCUGUCUUUGGCCAAAUCACUUCACCCUUCUAGUGUCUCACUGUCUCAUCUUUAAAAUAAGGGCUCGACCUGUGUUAGGGGUCGGUCCUCCACGUGCGGUAGCCAGACCAGCAGCAUCCUCAUCACUUGGAAGCUUCCUAGAUUUCUCCUCCCUUACCAGAAUAGAGAACCAGAAAUGCUGGGGUGGGAGCCCAGCGGCGUUUUUUAACAAGUACUUCAGGUGAUUCUGAUACAUGUUAAAUUUUGAGGACCGCUCUGAAGUGUCAUCCAGCUUUGAAACAGGAUAUUUACGCAUUGUCUCCAUAGGUGCAGCCGUGGGCAUGCCUUUAGGUGCUGUCUAGAGACACUGUCCUUUCUCAUGGGAAGAGAAGCAUUGGGAGUUGAGUGUUCCCCACGGGUGUUCACUGAGCAUGGGGAGAGGAGGUGUGAUCAUCUGGGGGGUUUAAGCCUCACCUGCUUAGAAGUCAGAACAGAUUAUAACUGCACUGACCUACUCCUUUCUGGCUUAUCCCAGCUUUGGAGGGGGCUGUAGUGGCCCCUGCAAGCUACUUCAGACAGACAACUUGCAGACUGAGGGGUCUCUACCACUCUUAUCUUUCUUUCCCUGCUGGUUGUCACCAUGAGACAGUCCCGACUAACAUUUUUCAAACAAUCUCAAGUGCUGUCAUCAAGGUGAUCACAAUCUACUUGCAUAAGGUAGGCUGGUGUGAGAUGAGAACUAAGAAAGUCAGAUUCAUGUUUUUCUUAGUCAUUCAUAGUUAGACUUCACAUACCUAUAGUUUUGUUUUUUUUUGUUGUUUGUUCAUUUGGGAAUAUACCUUAGUACUAGAUAAAAGGCACAGCUGGCCUCCAGUUGUCCAAAGUAGAUUUUAUUAAGUUCGAAAUCAUGAAAGUUCAUGAUUUUUAUACUUGGAAGAGACCCUCAAUAAAGCCUAACAACGUAUACACAAGUCUGAUUUUUCAUUCCAGAGCAGCAAAUAAACUCCUGGUGGACAGCUGCUUGAGUCUAGAAAGUGGACUCACUGAGAAGUGUUAGCUGGCAAGCUGAAUGGUGAGAGAAGACGUGGAGGCAACUGUCAAAAGUAGAGCAGAGCCCUGCGGGGUGGUAUGGUUCAGCUGGUUGACGGGUCGACCGUAAACUGAAAAGCUGCAGGUUCGAUUCCAGGUCAGGGCAUAUGCCUAGGUUAUGGGUUUGGUCCCUGGUCAGGGCACUUACAAGAGGCAACCAAUCAAUGUCUCUCUCUCAUAUCAAUGUUUCUCUUCCUUUCUCUCUAUCUCCCUUCCCCUCUCUCUAAAAUCAAUUGGCAUGUCCUUGGGUGAGGAUCAAUAAUAAUAAUAAUAAUAAUAAUACAUUUAAAAAAGUAGAGCAGAUAUGAGGUUGCGAUAGGUAGAUUGAAACACCCUCCCCCUACACACACACAUAUGUAUAUGUGUGCAAUGUAAAAAUAAACAUGUAUAUACUGCAUAUAUAUGCACACAUGUAAAUAUAUACAGAUAUAUGUGUCAGUACAUAUACUUAUAUAAAUACAUGCACAUGUAUUUAUAUGCACACAGACACAUGCACAAAUACACACAUAUACCCUAUAUACUAAUAUUCCUGAAUCAUUCUUUGGGUAGCCACUGUAAUGGAACACUUGUGUGUAACUCAUGUGCUUGAUGACGUUCUCAAGAAAGAUAUAGUUAUGUUUUAGUAUAAGACUAUUGGUUACAAAUUAUAGAAGACUGCUCUCCAAAAUGAGUUAAUGUGGAAAACAAAGUAUCCUUAAAGUGAUAAAUAUAAGCUUUGCAAAUUUAUAUAAUUAUGGAAUAUCUGCAAUUAUGAAGGACCUUAUAGAUCAUCUAUCCAGAGGUUUCAGUUUUCAGAUUUUCUUUAAACAGGUCUCUUUUCUUCAAUACUAAAUGCACGGGGAAGGUAAAUAAGUAAAGGAAGGAAGGAAGGAAGAAAGAAAGGAAGGAAGAAAGAGUGGGGAUACAGGAUCUCUUUUAGUUUUGGCCCUUCUAUUCUUUCCCUAGAGGCAGCUGAGUUGGAAUCAAUCCCUGGGGCAAAGAAUUACCCGGAGCGCUUUGAUGCAGAUUAUGAUUCUGUAGGUCUGGGGCAGGGCCUGAAACUCUGCAUUUUUAAUAAACUCUUGAGGUGUUAAACAUACACUGACUACAAUCUGAACAGCAAGGCCCUAGAGAAUCUGUGUGGAUAGUUUGAAAAACUUUGACAGGCCAACCUCUUUAUUUUACCAAUGUGGAAAGAAAGACUUGGACUUUAUACAUGAUUUGUCAAAAGCACAGGCCUAGCGAGGAUCUUCUGGUUCCUAGUAAGCCUCCACUCUUCUGUGCCAUGCCUAAGAUGAGUGGCUCUUUCGUAACCCUGCUGGCUGAAUGAGGUAGCCUAGUACCAGGGUCUCAAGGGUGGGCACUGUCUUUCUGAGACAGAAAGACAAGCAGCCACAAAGCCAGCAGGUAGGUACCAUAAUUCAGACUCCAUCAGUGCCCACACAAACUUAGUUGUCAUUACAUAUGAUGAUGGGGAUUUGUCCCCUUCCAGCCCACUGUCUGCCCUGUGGAGAAAUGGUAGUGUAGAUCAGAUGCCGUUCAGGGUGGAACAUUCUCAACAGCCAGUGAGGGCAGUUAGGCUGGUAGCUAUGGUGUCUGCUGCCACAGCAGAAUGCGUAAGCAGUUCUCAGCACCCCCAGCAUAAUCCAUAAAACUCUUUCAACCUCUUUUUUUUUUUUGC